CCGCCAUCAGCACCUUUUGCGCGCAUGGGGAUAUGGACCACUUCUCUACCGAAAGCAGGACAUUUUAUCAACCUCUAUCGAGGUGCUGCAAAAGCAACGAGAGAAGAUUGCUGACCAUACGAUAGAUACGCUGGAGAAUGUACUCCGUAGAUAGUCUGGGAGAAUAGCUUAGCAGCAUAUUUUGGUAGUUCUGAAUGAUACCUUAAUCAGAUGACAGGAGGGUGGCGCGAGACGCGGGAGGCGCGAAAAGGAUCGGGAGUGGAUCCCAUGUAUUACGUGCGUUACUUGGCUGCAUUCAUGGCUUUCACGGACGAGCCCCGUCGAUGGACGUUCUCCCUUGUUUCUCGGUCGCGCUUCCCGCUUCCCCGACUGUUGGCGCACGCAUGCCGAUGGGGACCACCUACCGGAGCACAAAACCCUGGCCCCCAGCUUUAAUCUGGGCAACUACUACGGACGGUUUUGUUGAGAGGCGAAUCCCGUAAACCACCGUAAUGACUGAAUCUCCCUUUGGUUUCCGGAUGUAUAGUGAUAUCCAGUUGGGCGUCUUGUGUCCCUAAAUACUUCA